UAUCUUUUCUCGGUUCUGGUGUGGAUGCAUCUAAUCUAAAAAUCCUCCGAAGAAAAACAGAAGUUGAGAAAAUGUCGAUUGAAGGAAAUCAUCUCGAAAUCGAAUCUCUUAAAAUCCUGACUUAGAGAGAGAGAGAGAGAGAGAGAGAGAGAGAGAGAGAGGAAUGGAAGCGGAUGGGACAGGCAUUGUUCUAUCUCGAGCUUCAGAGCUUCGAUCGAAAAUCAACAGCUGCAUCGACAGAGCAACGCAGCAGCAGAAGAAACGCCAGGAAGGCGUAGAUUCUCAUCUUCACCACGGUGGAGCUAACGACGACCACGACAAUGACGACGAAGAGGCUGAGAGUCUUUUGAACAUCCGCGAUGCCCUAGAGUCGCUCGAGGAGCAGCUUGCUUCCUUGCAGGCUCUGCAACAGCAACAAAGAUAUGAGAGAGAAGCAACCCUAUCUGAGAUUGAUCGCAGCCGCAAGAUUUUACUCAAGAAACUCAAGGAGUACAAAGGGGAGGACUUGGAAGUGAUACGCGAGGCUGCUGCCUUUGCUGGUGAGACGGUCGACCAAGAUGAUGAUCUUCUUCUUCCUCCAUAUCCAAGCCGACUCCCUGACUCAUCGAUCUUGGAUGAAAGCUAUCAUCCACGCAUACCUCCCAUCCAUAACAAUUCUGCUCGAAAUGGGCUAACUGGUGAUUUAAGGCCUGAUACCAAGAAUAGCAAGGGUGGAGAAUCCGAAAAGCAGCAAACUCAACCUGCGCCAAAAAAUGGUCGCUCCACUGGGAUACGGCUGGCCUUUGGGCUGGCCUCUAAGACCUUCUUCACACUUGUAAGUGUGAUAUCCAUUUUAAGCUUAGCUGGCUUUGAGCCUAGGCUCAGGAAAGGGAGCAUCCAGUUCAAGGUUCCGGGACGUUUUCAAAAACCAGCAGCCGGGGAAGCUAGAGAAGCCAGGAGUCAAUGCCCGCCUGGAAAAGUCCUGGUGAUGGAAGGCGGAAAACCCAGGUGCCUCGUGAAGGAACGAGUUGAAAUUCCGUUUGAGUCUGUCGUGACAACUCCAGAUGUGAGUUAUGGAUAUGGACUAAGAGUUAGAAAAGUGAUGCCAGGACUCACUAAUAGGCUAAAAAUCUCUGGAAACACGAUACUGGUAAAUGAACGGAAGCGAUUGAUACAUCACCGUAACACGUAUGCAUUGUUGGAGAGAUGGCAACAAUCCAAAAUAUCUGCUGCAGCGUUCUGCUGUCUGCGCUUUCCACUUCCACAUUUUGUAUUUAAAGACGCUCCUCUUUUGGAUCGCGAACCUCAAAAUCCAUCAAAACUUCACAAACAAACAGAAGCUAUGGGUGUCCCAAUCCCUUCUCCAACUUCAAAGGUUUCCAUUCUCUCCUACAACCCAUCUCGCACGUGCAAUGUUAAGAUCGGUUUCCUACGGAGUUCCAGACUCGGGCAUGCCCGUGAAUUUUCUUGGGGAAGGAUGGAAGGAUUCGGUGACGCGCUUUCCUGUAGAAAUCCAACCUUACUUAAAAGUGUGGAAAGGAAUGGAGGUGGGCUGAAAGUGAGAGCUUUUAACGAAGAGCAAGAAGCCCUUGUUGUGAAGUCUUGGAAUGUUAUGAGGAAGGAUGCUGCUGAAUUAGGCUUGAACUUCUUCUUGAGGAUCUUUGAGAUCGCACCAUCGGCGAAGAAGCUAUUUUCGUUCCUGAAAGACUCCGACAUUCCUCUUGAAAAGAAUCCAAAGCUCAAACCACAUGCCAUGUCUGUCUUUGUCAUGACAUGUGAAUCAGCAGUGCAACUACGAAAGGUGGGUAAGCCAACCGUGAGAGAGUCGAGUCUGAAGGACUUGGGUGCCACCCAUUUUAAAUAUGGUGUGGUGGACGAACAUUUUGAGGUCACGAAAUUCGCUCUUUUGGACACGAUAAAGGAGGCUGUUCCGACGAUGUGGUCACCCGAGAUGAAGGCUGCGUGGGGAGAAGCUUAUGAUGAGUUGGUUGCAGCUAUCAAGAAAGAAAUGAAGCCUUCAUCUUAGGAUUCUUAAUUAUCUACUAAUCUCUAUUCGAUUAAGCUUAAUAAGGGAACGUUCUGUCGCCAUAUGAAUUUUCUUCUUUUUGACAUUUAUACAUGUUGGGAUGUGGUUUUUUUUCCCAUUAGCAAGUGUUUUGUUAUGAACUGUCUUUAGUGGCCCACAUGGGGUAGUUGUAUCAGUGAAUCUUGACUAUCCAUCCAGUGGUUAGUUGAAAAUCACAACAACAUAUGAUCAUAGACAUCGUUUUUCCUUC